AUGGUUGAAGGAGGGUUGGAAAAGAGCGAUUUGGAUUUCUGGUUUCAGAACCUUAUGCUCGCCAGUGGGAUAGCGAUGAAGGGGACAGGAACAGUUAUGACUGGUUGGAAGGACCUGCCAAUGGAACUUCUGUUGCGGAUUGUUUUACUCACUGACGAUCGCACAGUCAUAGUUGCCUCAGGUGUGUGUACAGGAUGGCGAGAGGCCCUCAGUGCUGGCCUAACUCGUCUUUCUCUCUCAUGGUAACUUUUUCUUGCUUUCCCAUAGUUGCACUUGAUUUUAUUAUUACUUCUUGCACUUGAAUUCUUCAUAAUAUGCCGUUCACUUGUUAUCAAUAGAAGAUGCUCUUCAGCCAAACAUAAUAAUUCAAUUUCAAUCUUGACAUUUGAUGUAACGAUUCUGUAUGGGCUUCCUGCUUUGUCUGCUGGAUUUUCCUGUGAUGCUGUUUUUAAAGUAAUAAACUAGGUACUUGAGUUACUGGUUAGGAAACGAAGUCAGCUGUCCAUUUAUAGGUAAACUCCUGCGUUGGCUGUUCCAUUUGACACCAUAACUGAGAGUACGCUAGCUGAUGGGUAGCACUCUUCUUCCAUUAAGGGGAACAAAAUAAAAAGAAAGAAUCGUGGGUUUCUUUCUUUUCGCUGAGCAUGGCCUCCCAUGUUUUGGUCUCCUAUUUUAUGUCGGUUUUAGUUAAUGUUCAUGGACUUGCUUUGGCGAAUGGUACAAAUAAAUCUUGAAGUAGAGGGACGCCGUGGUAUUACCAUUAAUAACUGAUUUAAUGCCCUCGGUUUAAUGCGAUUUUUCCCCAAAGAAUCAUGUAGUGAGAUGGAAAUAAUCCCCAAAAAAGGACGAAUAUUAAUGGAUAUCACCAAAAAACCUAAAUCAACAGGUACAUGCGGGAUUUCUAAUCAUUUUCAAUAUGACAGAAAUUGCCGCAUCCACAAUGCAUAGUGUAACAGAAUGAUGCCUACGAGAUAUUAGAAACUCUUCUAUGUUUCAUAACCAUCUCACGAUGGGUAGAUAUAAUAGAUUUUAGUGCUUACACAUGUAAAAUAUAGCCACAACCCCUUCAGAAUCAAGUAGUAUUAUUCACUGAGAAUCAGUACACUUGCUCUCAUACUUUUUCUCAGAGUCUGAACAAUAUAAAUAAUGAGGCUUUUACAAUUUCACUGCAGUUUUAUCACAUAUCACUCAUAAAAAUUCUACACAACAUGUAUGAUAUCACAUGCACCAUAAUUAUUUUUGACAUGCAUUCGCUGACUAACGAUCUAAUCACUAACUCUUGUUCACUCUUGUAUACUCUCAUACAACGGAAUCAAUCAUGCCCCAAGAAUCGUCUUGUUAGAAUAGUAUGCCUAAGAUUAAUGUAAAGUGUGUGGAAACACAAUAAAGCCUCUAAAAGAGAAGGGUAGGUUUCACAAGCAUGUUGAUGUGGAGAAACAGUGGUGUAGUUCAUUGAAAAGAAGAAAAUAUUUUUAUGAAAAUUUCAAGUCCCAAAAGCAUAAGACUAGUUUUAUUGUGCCAUUUUCAAGAAGCCCAUAAGAUCAGGAAGACUGUUAUUUAAAAGAUCUGUUUCGCUAACAGGUCUCAUGAGUCAUAGUCUACUUUUCACCUUUCUCUAUUAGAAGAUUAUGAUUCCUUUGCUAGGAUGCGACCCUUAUUCUUUUCCAGUUCAUUGUAUCUGUGAUUUACUUUUCGCAGGUGCAAGGACAGCAUGAACAACCUUCUUCUAUCUCUUGCCCCCAAGUUCACAAAGUUGCAAGUUCUAUCUCUACGGCAAAAUAAACCUCAGCUUGAGGACGACGCAGUAGAAUCCAUUGCAACGUAUUGCCAUGAUCUUCGUGAUUUGGAUCUUAGCAAGAGCCUCAGACUCCGGGAUCGUUCCUUAUAUGCCUUAGCACACGGUUGCCCUCACCUCACCACGCUGAACAUCAGCGGGUGCUCGGCCUUCAGUGAUACUGCCCUCGCUUACUUGGCCAGCUUUUGCAAAAACUUGAAAGCAUUGAAUCUCUGUGGAUGUGUUAAAGCUGCAUCUGACAAAGCCUUGCAGGUAUGGACGAGUAGAAAGAAAGCCCAGUGGGGCUAUCUUUUAUUUUAUUUUACAAAUAUCUAAUAUUUUCAUCUAUUGCUCUCUUUGGGUGCAGGCUAUUGCAUGCAGUUGCUACCAGUUGCAAUCUUUGAAUCUGGGUUGGUGUGAGGGUAUAAGUGAUAAAGGAGUCAUUAGCCUUGCCUUCAGAUGCCCGGAUCUCAGGAAUCUUGAUUUGUGCGGCUGUGUUCUUAUAACAGGUAUGGUUCUCCAUUCUUCGGUUUUUUUUUUUAAAAAUAAUUAUGAUCCCCUAAUGAUUGUUUAGAGUCUUCCUAUUGGCCAAAUGGCCAUGUAUGGUCCCACCUACUCCCCUGGAUCCGAUUUGGGGAUUUUUCUAUUUGUCCUCUAUUCUUUUUCUAAGAUAAUUAUGAAUUUUCUACUUAAAUUUCUAGUAUCUGAGGACCUUGCUUCAAGGUCUUCAAUACCCUGUAGAUGUGGAAAAAUACCAACGAAUUCGAUGAAAAUUCUCCUUUAUUUCCCUAUUUUAUGAAGAAAAAAAAGAAAUCGGAAUUUCAUUAGUAGUGGAAGAUUAAACAUGAUCAUGGCCCUAACAAGGAUCUAAAGCUAAUGACGAGGUUUAGCUUCCUUCCAAAUGAAAACAUCCACAGAUAUCCAUUCCUCUACAGACCCAAAACUCGUGCAGGGGGACCCACACUCCCCUCAGCAUGCCACGUGGCAGUUAGAGACUUCCCCCGCCAGAUCACUCUGAUGGGUCGCAUUGUUCUUCUUCUUCGUCUUCUUCUUCUAUGGCUGCUGACAUUUUCCCUGGUAUGUUUCAUGGCAGACGACAGCGUGGUGGCCCUGGCUGAGGGGUGCCCACGGCUGCGGUCGCUGGACCUGUACUACUGCCAGAACAUCACCGACAGAGCCAUGUACUCCCUCGCUCGCCGGGCCCCCGGCGGCGCCGCCGGCCUCAUGAACCUCAACAUCAGCCAAUGCACCGCCCUCACCCCCCCCGCCGUCCAAGCCGUCUGCGACUCCUUCCCCUCCCUCCACACCUGCCCUGAUCGCCACUCCCUCAUCAUCAGCGGCUGCCUCAGCCUCACCGCCGUCCACUGCGCCUGCGCCCUCCACGCCCGCCGCACCACCGGCGCCCUCCCCCACCAUGCCCACUGA